AGGAGGCAUCCGAAACAGAUGCCCGAGCCACCUCAGCUGAUUUCUCUCUAUGUAGAGGGGCAGCGGCUCUCACAAAGCUCCUCCCGUGUCACAGAGCUCCUCACCCUGUCUAUAAGGGUGCACCCUGCCACCCUGCGAAGGAAACUCAUUUCGGCCGCCUGUAUCUGAGAUCUUGUGCUUUCAGUCAUGACUUCCUAUCUCGAAGAUAAGUAAGGAUGGGAACGUAGAUUGACCGGUAAAUCGAAAGCUUUGCCUUUCGGCUCAGCACUUCUUUAUUCAUCCUGUUUAGUGGCUUAAAUUCUUUUGGACAUAAUUAGGUGCUGCUUGUCAAUCAGACAAAGCUUCUUUGUUCCUGCUGUCAAUUGUGGAAAAAAUAAUCGAUAAAAGUGUUAUGAUAAACCGCUGUGAGGUUAACUGCAGGCGCUGUGUGAUGUGCAUGCACAUGAAAGGGAGUCAAAACCAAACAUAAUGUCAUAAAGUAAAUCUUAUUGGCCUUAUUCUUGACAUAAGAGCUGAUGAAGCCUUUGAAAUCUUUUGGGCUCGAGACGUACACUCUCAUUCACUUCCAUUGAUUUUUAGACGGUACAUGAAAUUUAUCAUUCAUUAUUUUUUUUUUUUUAAAGUUCAGGUUUACAGAGGAGCUGAUGAAACAUGUCAGACAGCAGUGAGUCAGUGAAGGACAAUGGAAUCUGAUGAACAGCAUAAUGACACACUGGUCCAGAUGGGCAGCAGUGGUAACAGUGGAAUCAAUGCUGAUCUGAGAGCUGAAAAAGAAGCAACAGUGAUUGCUCCUUUACUCAAUGGAAACAACAUUACAGGGCCAGUAACCUUCAAUUACUGUUUGAACUCUGCAGGAAAUGAACCACAAAAAUAUCCAAAGACAGCGGACAAACACACAGAAAAACAAGAUGAUUUGAAGCUGCAAAAAAUCUUGGAGACUCACAGAACCUACAUGAAGAAGAAAGUGGACUGUAUCUUAGACUGCACAAAGGAAAAUGCAGAACAUUUCAAGGCUUUUUACACAGAACUCUUCAUCGCAGAAGGAGAUAUGCAAGAUGUCAACCAGGAACAUGAGAUUUUGAAGAUCGACGAUGCUUUCAAGAAAAAAAAGGCUUCACUCAGAUCAAUCAGAUGCAAGGAUAUAUUUGCUGAACUGAAGGCAAAAUCGGAGAAAAACACUGUGCUGACCAAGGGCAUCGCUGGCAUCGGAAAAACCGUCUCUGUGCGCAAGUUCAUCCUGGACUGGGCUGAAGGACAAACCAAUCAUGACAUACACUGCGUGUUCCUGCUUCCAUUCCGUGAAAUUAAUUUAAUGACAAACGAAGAUUUCAAUCUCCACGAGUUUCUGCUGAAAUUUUAUCCUGAACUGAAGGAGCUGGAGACGUCGGUGCUGUUUCAGCAGUGCAAUCUAGCAUUUAUAUUUGAUGGACUCGAUGAGAGUCGCCUGCCUUUAAAUUUCAAAAGCAGAACACUGAACAACGUUGAGGAAAGAUCAUCCGUGGACAUGCUGUUUACAAGUCUAGUCAAAGGCAAUCUGCUUCCGUCGGCUCUUGUCUGGGUGACCUCGCGACCUGCAGCAGCCAAUCAGAUCCCCCCUCGGUAUGUAGGAUUGUUCACAGAGGUGCAAGGAUUCACCGAUCAACAGAAGGAGAAGUAUUUUAGAAAUAGAAUCGCAGAUGAGACUCAGGCCUCCAAAAUCCUCUCCCAUAUUAAGACAUCUCGCAGUCUCUACAUCAUGUGCCACAUUCCUGUGUUCUGCUGGAUCACGGCCACCGUUCUUCAAGAUAUCCUCCAGAGGAAUAUCGAAAGCAUCGGCACAACACUCACUGAAAUGUACAUCCACUUCCUGCUGAUACAGAUGAACAUGAAGAGCCAGAAGUACGAUCCUGAAGAAGAAAGAGAAUACGCCAAGCUCUUGGAAGCAAACAGAGAAGUGAUUCUGAAACUAGCCAAGCUAGCGUUUGAACAGCUGAAGAAGGAAAAUGUCGUGUUUUAUGAGCAGGAUCUGAAGGAUUGUGGUAUUGAUGUGAAUGUAGAGUUCACGGGAAUGAUCGCAGAGAUCUUUAAGGUGGAACAUGGUCUUCAUGAAGCAAAGGUUUUCUACUUCGUACAUCUGAGUGUUCAAGAGUUUCUGGCUGCGGUGUAUGUGUUCUUCUGCUUUCUAAACAGGAACACCCAUGAGCUUACUUUUUUCUUUGAAAGUUCACAAAAUACACCACGAGAGCUUCAGUUCCUCUUUAAAAAGACAUUCAGGAAAGUCAAGUUUCAUGACUUAAUCAAGAGGGCCACUGACAAAGCAAUGCGCAGUAAGCGAGGACAUCUGGACCUGUUCCUGAGGUUUCUGCUUGGCAUUUCGCUGGAGUCCAGUCAAAAUCUGCUCAAAGGCCUGUUCUCGCACGUUAUAGACACCACGAGGAGCAUCAAAAAAAUAAGUCCGCACUUUAAACAUUUGCAAAACAAGAACAUCUCAUGCGAUUGUUCAGUCAACCUAUUUUUCUGCCUGCUUGAGCUCAAGGAUCACUCGUUAUACGAGGAAAUCCAGAGAAGCCUCAAUUCAGAUAGACGUCCAAGCAAAGAACUCUCGUCUUCAAUGUGCACAGUGCUGACCUACAUAGUGCUAAUGUCAGAGAAGGAGCUGGACGAGCUCAACCCAAAGAGAUUCACAUCAUCACAGGAAAACUACAGGAAACUCGUCCCAGCGGUUAGGUGCUGCAGAAAAGCGCUAUUUAAUGGCUGUGGUCUGGAUGAAACGUCCUUUCAAACCAUAUCUUCAGCUCUACAAUCAUCAGACUCUUAUCUGACAGAGCUGGAGCUCAGUAACAAUCAUCUGCAGGAUUCAGGAGUGAAGCUGCUCUCCGAUGGACUGAAGAGUUCACACUGUCAACUGAACAUACUAAGGCUGUGUGGAUGUGGUCUCACUGAUCAGUCCUGUGAAAGCUUGUCUUCAGCUCUGCAAUCAUCAAGCUCUGUCCUGAGAGAGCUGGAUAUGAGCAACAACAUGCUUAAAGAUUCUGGAGUGAAGCUUCUUGCUGUUGCAUUGAAGAGUCUUAACUGUAAACUGGAGAGACUGAGAUUUUCUAUGUGCAAUCUCACUGCUGAGUCUUGUGAGAGUUUAUCAUCAGUUGUAGAGUUGUCAAACUCUGUCCUGAGAGAGCUGGACCUCAGUAACAAUGACCUGCAGGAUUCAGGAGUGAAGCUUCUCUCUGAUGGACUAAAAAGAAACUGUAGGCUGGAGAUCCUGAGGUUGUCAGGCUGUAUGGUGACAGAGGUAGGCUGUGGUUUUCUGUCUUCAGCCCUGAGCUUAAACACCUCGACCCUGAGAGAGCUGGACCUGAGCUACAAUCAUCCAGAAGAUUCAGGAGAAAAGCUGCUGUCUGAUGUACACAAUCAGCCAAACUGCAGACUCUGUGUGGAUCAUGGAGGAGAAUUCAGGCUUACAACAGGACUACACAAAUAUGCCCGUUUUUUCACACUGGAUCCAAACACAGCGAACGCUCGGCUCAUUUUGUCCGAGGAGAACAGAAAGGUGACGUGUGUGAGAAAGAAACAGCCGUAUCCAGAUCAUCCAGACAGAUUUGAGGGAUAUCUGCAGGUGCUGUGCAGAGAGAGUGUGUGUGGACGCUGCUACUGGGAGAUCGAAUGGACUGGUGUGGUGUUCAUAUCCGUGUCCUAUAGCAGCAUCGGCAGGAUGGGGUCUGAUAAAGAGUGUUGGUUUGGUUUUAGUAAUCAGUCCUGGAGUUUGUUCUGCUCUUCUGACAGAUGCAGCUUUACACACAGCAGCACAGAGAUUGAUCUGCCCGUGAAACACACCAGCAGUAGAAUAGGAGUGUAUGUGGAUCACAGUGCAGGAACUCUGUCUUUCUACAGCGUCUCCGACACCGUCAGCCUCAUCCACUCAGUCCAGACCACAUUCACUCAGCCGCUCCAUCCUGGCUUUUACAUUUCACUUGGAUCAUCAGUGAAACUGUGCUGAUGAAUCUCAUGUCACAUGUCAGAUUAAUUAUGGUGGAUCGAGGAAGCCAACAUCCUGUUAAACUACAUUAACUUAU